AUGCAUGGCGGCGAUGAAAAGACUCAGCCUGAAGUCGUAUUCAAAGUUGAUGAGCUGCUGGAAAGCAAAUUCAUCGUACACUAUCGCAAAACGGAAGCUUGUGCGCUUUGUGAAGCUGGUUUCUGUAUCGUACUUUUGAUAUUUGGACUGUUAGAAGUUUUCAAACUCAAUGAGCAUGUUUGUGGUUACUGUUUUGUUUGUGCCGCUUUUUUGUUCUUCUGUCUAUUUUUGCAAUUCUACUUUGCAGUCAUAUUCAAUUGCUGGCCGCUUCUCAUUUGCCACGCCUUCCAAGCAGGUGGCAUGUGUUUAUCCAUAUUUGUUCUUUUAAUGUGUUCACUGCUGCUAUCGUAUCCUACACAAAUUACUGUAGUGCAAUACAGGAUUACUGCGGUUCUUGUAGUAGCGACGGGAAUCAUCAUAUUGACAGUAGUAGCAACAUUCGCUGCUUCGUCAUUCAGCCGUGCUAGAGAGCUAUGGGCCUUCGAAGUCACCCAUACAGACCAUCUUCGGCGACUUCUGAUUGAUGCACUUGACACUUUGGAGAUGUACAAGCAGGAACGCACCUCAAGUAGUGGCGAUUGAGCAUCAACUGCUGCAGAGCUGAUUACACUUAAACGCUUAGAUUAACCAUCUGUCGUAUCAAUUUUCAUCAAAACUAUGCUUUCAUAUUAGACCUCUCUUAAUUACGAAUGAGUAUCUUAAAG